CUGGCGGAGGGUGCAGAAGUGCUGCUCCAGCUCAGACUGUUCCACUGGGACGGCCUGUGUUUUGGGUGCGGGAAGACGUCAGAGAUGGGAGAGGAGAGGAUGGGGGACUGCUGGAGCUACACUAAGGAUCAAUUUGACAACUUGGAGAAGCAUACACAGUGGGGCAUCGAAUUUGUUGAGAGAUACACCAAAUUUGUCAAGGAGAGAUCUGAGAUUGAAACCAACUAUGCCAAACAAAUUCGGAAUUUAUCAAAGAAGUAUCAACCCAAGAAGAAUUCACGAGAGGAAGAAGAGAAUAAGUACACCUUCUGCCGAGCCUUCCUGACCAACCUUAACGAACUGAAUGACUAUGCAGGUCAACAUGAAGUCAUAGCUGAGAACCUGACUUCUCAAAUCAUCUCUGAGCUUGCACGCUACCUACAGGAUCUCAAGACUGAAAGGAAAUCGCACUUCCAUGAUGGGCGUAAGGCACAACAGAACAUCGAGAGCUCAUGGAAGCAGCUUGAAACGUGCAAAAGAAGAUUUGAGCGGGACUGUAAAGAGGCUGACAGGGCGCAGCAGUAUUUUGAGAAGAUGGACGCCGACAUAAACGUGACAAAGGCCGAUGUGGAAAAGGCACGACAACAAGCUCAGAUGAGACACCAGAUGGCUGCUGAUAGUAAGAGCGAUUACUCCUCCUACCUGCAAAAGUUCAACCAGGAGCAGAAUGAACAUUACUAUACAGUCAUACCCAGUAUAUUCCAGAAAAUCCAAGACAUGGAGGAAAGACGAAUUGAGAGGAUAGGAGUGUGCAUGAAGACAUUUGCAGAGGUCGACCGCCAGGUGCUGCCCAUCGUAGGAAAAUGUUUGGACGGCAUGACAAAAGCUGCCGAAGCCAUUGAGCCUAGUAAUGACUCGAAGCAGGUGGUGGAGUCCUUUAAAUCAGGAUUUGAGCCCCCAGGAGACGUGGAGUUUGAGGACUACGGUCAGCCAAUGAAGAGGACAGUGUCCGAUACCAGUCUGUCCAACUCCAAAGAGGGCAAGGAGAAGCCUGGUGGAAAAAGCAAGGGCAAACUGUGGCCCUUCAUUAAAAACAAGAACAAGCUUAUGUCCCUGUUAACAUCCCCCCACCAGCCCCCCCCUGCCCCCCCAGCCUCGUCCCCGCCCUCACCCUCUGCUGUUCCCAACGACCCCCAGUCUCCCAAGCAGCACAAGGAACCCCUCUCCCAUCGCCUCAACGACUUCAUGACCUCCAAACCUAAAAUGCACUGCCUCCGGAGCCUGAGGCGAGGGCUUUCUCUCAAGCUGAUCACACUCAAUUCCCACGUCUGGAAUCUCAUUGAGGGCUCUGGACCAGAAGAUUUCAGCAACCUACCCCCAGAGCAGAGGCGGAAGAAGCUGCAGGGCAAGAUAGAUGAACUGAGCAAGGAAAUCCAAAAAGAGACGGACCAGAGAGAUGCCCUAACUAAGAUGAAAGAUGUGUACAUAAAGAACCCUCAGAUGGGAGACCCUACCAGCGUGGACCCCAGGCUAACGGAGAUAGGACAGAAUAUUGAGAAGCUCCAGUUUGAAGUGCAGAAAUUUGAGAGCUGGUUAGCAGAAGUGGAGGGACGAAUGCCGUCUAAAAGCGACACACAAAGGAGACAAAGUGGACUCUAUGAGACACAGAACAGCACGUCAGUGGGCAACAGUUGCGCCCAGGACAGAGAGAGCCCAGAUGGCAGUUACACGGAGGAGCAGAAUUCAGAGUCUCAGGUCAAAGCCAACAACAACCCCGUCCCCACGUCCACCACAUCGGAAUUCGAUGACGAGUUUGAUGAUGAGGAGGUCCUGCCCACCAUCGGCACCUGCAAGGCCAUCUAUCCCUUUGAAGGUCAUAACGAGGGCACUAUUCCAGUGACAGAAGGAGAGCUGCUGUACGUCAUAGAGGAAGACAAAGGAGACGGCUGGACGCGAGUGCGCAGGAACGAGGACGAAGAGGGAUAUGUGCCCACAUCCUACAUCGAGGUCUAUUUGGAAACGAAUGCCAAAGAUUCCUAAAAGUGCGAGGCUGGCUGAGGAAUGGCAGGGCAAGCACCCUCGGAGAAACAACCAUGUUCCCCAAAAUGCUCAUAAAGUUAAAGAGAGAGAAAGACGACCUAAAUUUACUAGGCUGAUUUUCAUGCAUCUCAAUUUUCAAACGAUUAUAUUUGAUCUGUUCAUCGUGUUACAAAACUCUGAUGUGAGGCGACAAUAUGAGAUUUAUUGAAAUUUAACGCCCGUAACCUUUCCAUUCUUAACAUCAGUACAAUUCAGUUGCACACACACACACAAAACACAAAAUGAUUUUUUGUUUUCGUUGUCUCGGCAAAGCUUUGCUUCUCAAUAUAACUAACCAGCUUGCACCACGUCAUAAAGAUGGCGGCUGUUGGCUUCCUCACUCUGAAUGUGCCUCUGCCCCGCCGCUGCUCCCUUCCAGUACCUUUUGCCCCAGCCAACACACACACACACACACACACAAAUCAGGGUGUGGUCAGAGACAGGAAGAAGACCAGCUUGGAGACGACCUGAACACUCCGCCUAGCAGGCCACGGACUCCGUCUUGAAUGGCGAGGAUAGGAAGCCGUAGCCCCUCGACGAACCUUCCCAUUCAGCCUGGUGUGUUUGUGUGCGACUGUGUUGAUCUGUCAUGUGAUAGAAACAGAUUCCUCACUCCCUCGUUUACUCGGCAGCAUCACCCAAAAAGAGUCUUCCAGCUUCCUGGACUCACAGUAGGGCUUGAGACGGCCUCGACCUUUAUUCCACUCACAAACCUCAGCUUUAUAUUUGCAGAUCUCAGCCCGUGGGAGAGAAAAGGAGAGACCAGCGCCCUUCUUCUUUGUGAUGAGUGGCUGGGGUCUGUUGUUGUGUCUGAUCUAUGUGAAAAUGGAUCUGCCUCAUUCGCCAUACACACACUCUAACCCAACAACUAGAUUCUUGUAUUUGGUGUCUGCUCCUCUCUCUGACCACCCCCACCUCCCCAACCUCCACAACCCCCACAACC